AUGCGCGACGCCGCUCGUGAAGAGUCGCACACCCUGGAUAGCGAUGACGAGGAGGCCAACGAAGCAGAAGAAGCAGACAAAACAGCUGAUCCAGCCGAGGUCCAGCGCAAGUAUGAGUUUACCGAAGCCGACAUGCAUGAGAAGCUGGAUUCUGAGUUUCAGGACGGUGGAUACGAAAUGACUGGCUUCAACCUCAAGGAUGAGAUGGAGGAGGGCUACUUUGAUGAAAGUGGCAAUUUCAUUUUCAAGAAGGAUGAUGAUCAUGCUGGUGACAAGUGGCUUGAGAACACGGGUGUUCAUGAUGGCAAGCGCAAGAUUCAGAUGCAGGGCAAACAUGUUGAGCGUGAUCACAGCGAUAUCCCCGAGGACAAAUUUGACGCCAUGGAGGCACUUCUCAAGAUGCUCAAGCCACACGAAACAGUGACGCAGGCACUGACUCGGUACGGUGGCGGCAAGGGACGCAAAGCUGGCGCGGCACGACAGAAGCAAGCGAGUGCCGCAUCUCGCGAUGCACCGCGUGACGACCAGGCAGUGGAGCGAGCCACCUCAUUGUGCAGCGUCCUUUUGGCGCAAGGUGUCUAUGAGAUUUACGAUUACUCGUACGAAAAGCUACAGAUUGAGCUGAAAAAGCGCAACGUUGUCACGUUUGAGUUCAAAUGGAGCGAUCAAGAAGAUGCCGAGACGUAUGGGCCGUACACUGCCGAACAGAUGCACGCAUGGCAAGAGCAAAACUACUUCAAGACGGGUGUUUGGGUCCGGCAGCUAACCCCGGUGUCACGUGAUACUUUCAACCACUCAAGUCGCGUGGACUUUGAGUUAUUCAUGGAUGAUUGA